UAAUCCGUUUAUGUUUCUCUGACUGGCGAUCGAGAGUUAGUAGCCGACUGGGUAUGUGUCCGAUCAAGUUCGUUGCUCUCAAUCGAUAUGAAAUUUCAUUGAUAAGUUUAAAGUACGAAUAUUUUUUUUAAAUUGCCAUUAUGUACCUUUCACCCGUGAAAUCAAAAAUUAAAAGUGCAACACUGAUGACUUCUCGAUCGUGUGCAACCGUUGUUCUUGAGAAUGUAAAGCCCUACAAUCAAAUACCUGGUCCUCGCGGGCCAUUUGGAUUCGGCAAUCUUUAUCAGUACAUUCCUGGGAUAGGGAAAUACAGCUUCGAUGCCCUGCAUGAGUCCGGACAAGACAAGUACGAAAAGUAUGGGCCGAUCGUACGUGAAACCAUGAUCCCCGGUCAGGACAUCGUUUGGCUGUACGAUCCAAACGACAUCGCCGCCGUAUUGAAUGACAAAACGCCCGGAAUCUAUCCUUCGCGUCGAAGUCAUACAGCUCUCGCCAAGUAUCGUAGAGAUCGUCCCAAUGUGUAUCGCACGGCCGGUCUGCUGGCAACAAACGGAAUCGAAUGGUGGAAGAUACGCUCCGAACUGCAGAAGGGGCUGAGUUCGCCGCAGAGUGUGAGGAACUUCUUACCUUUAACGGAUAAGGUCACCCGAGAGUUCGUCGCUAGCAUGAAUUCAACUGAGCAUGAUUGUGUUCCAGAUUUCAUGCCUGCGAUAUCGAGACUUAAUUUAGAAUUGAUCUGCCUCAUGGCUUUCGAUGUGCGGUUGGAUAGUUUCUCCGAUGAGCAGAUGAAACCCAAUUCACUGUCCUCCCGACUGAUGGAGUCUGCUGAAGUUACCAACCAAAGCAUCCUGCCAACCGAUCAGGGCUUCCAGCUGUGGAAGUACUUCGAGACUCCAGCAUACCGGAAGUUGCGGAAGGCUCAAGAAUUCAUGGAAAAAACUGCCGUUGAACUGGUUUCGCAGAAGUUGCUCUACUUCGACGAAGAUCAGCAGAAGCUGGCCUCUGGACGGCACCGAUCGCGAUCACUUUUGGAAGAAUACUUGCGUAAUCCCAAUCUGGAGUUACACGACAUCAUUGGCAUGGCAGCUGAUCUACUGCUGGCCGGAGUGCAUACCAGUUCUUACACGACGGCAUUCGCCCUCUAUCAUCUGUGCCUUAAUCCAGACGCUCAGGACAAACUUUAUCAGGAAGCUUGCAGAAUCCUUCCGGAUCCAUGGGAAUGUCAGAUAGAGGCAGCUGCACUGAACUCAGAAGCAUCCUACUGUCGAGCCGUUCUGAAGGAAUCUCUUCGGCUCAACCCUAUCUCGAUUGGCGUCGGACGAAUAUUGAACAAAGAUGCCACACUCGGAGGUUACCACGUACCAAAGGGAACAGUCGUGGUGACCCAGAAUCUAGUUUCCUGUCGACAAGAGCGCUACUUCAAGAAUCCCACCAAAUUCAUUCCGGAGCGAUGGAUGCGUGAAACGAAAGAGGAUGUGAACCCCUAUUUGGUGCUACCGUUUGGCCACGGAAUGCGAUCGUGCAUUGCGCGGCGAAUGGCCGAACAGAACAUGUUAGUGCUGCUGUUGAGGUUGAUUCGAUCGUACGAGAUUGAUUGGAAAGGUAAAGUUCCGAUGAACAUUGAGACCAAGCUGAUCAACCAGCCGGAUCAACCGAUAAAAAUAGCAUUCCGGUCGAGAAAAUCGUAGUUGUGAUUUUAUCAAUGUGCAAUUUUGAGUAAAAUAAAGAGUUAAUUAUAAUA